CUCAACAAGGAGCAGUGUCACGAUGGUCAUGUUAUGGAUUAUAUUGCUUUUACUUCAUCAAGGAUGUAAGUGUGCAUUUAACUUUACUAAAGAUGUUCUAAAUUGAGAAUUUAAUGUCAAAUAGAUGUGUGGAGAAAACCAUAACUUUUCUAUAUUCUAAUUCAGAUACUCUAGUUCCAGUGAAAAUUGUUCAGCUUGGUGAACCAGCAAACUUAACAUGUGCUUUGCCCGAUGUGGUCAACAUUAGAGGAGUCCACUGGUACAGGCAGAGUGUCGGAGAUACUCUCAAAUUAAUAGUCACACUGUUUGAAACUGCAACACCUCAGUAUGGUCAAGAAAUAUUUAAAUCAAGAUUUCAAACACAUUAUGAUAAGAAAUUUAGCAACCUGACCAUUUUGAAAGCAGUCCAAGACGAUGAGGGAAUCUAUCACUGUGGAAUCAUAGAAUGGAUUAAUCCUGAAUGGACUGGAACAUAUUUGUUAGUAAAAGGAAAUAAUCAGCCAGCAUCAAAUUAUACUGUUGUUCAGUGGCCAACAGUGUUAAAUCCACUGCGUUCAGGAAAUUCAGUGACUCUCCAGUGUUCAGUCUAUUCGGACUCUGACAAGAUGUGUCCCAGAGAUUAUAAUGUGUUCUGGUUCAGAGCUGGAUCAGAUCAAUUACACCCAAGCAUCAUCUACACUGAUGGAAACAGACACAGUGAAAGUGAGAUAAUAUCAGACUCACAGGAGAGGUGUCUUUAUCGCUUCUCUAAGAAUGUCAGCUCAUCUGAUGCUGGGACUUACUACUGUGCUGUGGCCACAUGUGGGGAGAUAUUAUUUGGAAAUGGAACUAAACUGGACAUUGAAGUGCAGCCAACACAAUCAGGAUUUAUUCAAAUGGCAAUAUUAAUAGUUUGCUUGGCCAUUUCUCUCUUUGGAAAUGUUGUCUUGAUUUGCAACCGAAGAGUAUGUAAACCAUUUCAAGAUACUCCAAACAAGACCUCAAACCAAGCAGUACAUGAUCGUACUAAAGCUGAUGAAGAACUAAACUAUGCUGCACUACAUUUCUCUGAAAGAAAAACAAGGAGAAAGAGGAAGACUGAGUUUGCUGAGGAUAGUGUUUACUCUCAAGUUAAAUGCUGAUGCCAAUGACAGUGUUUAGGAUUUCGUGAAAUUUAAAUUGAACCUGACAUCAGACCCUAUAUUUGUGAUUCCUUCGUGUUGUUAUUUUUUUUUUGUCUUACUUAAAUAUUACCUGUGAACAGUUAAAUUGUUUCAUCAGUGACAGUAUAUGGCCUCUAAAGACCAGAAAUUUAGAUAUUUUUUUCCAUUUCUGCUUUGCAUAUGU